UGCGGUAAUAAUUUCGUUACGAGAAUUUUCUUGCGGUUUUUUUAGAAGAGGGAGAAUUUUUGUAACAUUUACUGCAAAAAAAUAUCACAAGAAGCAACUCACUGGAAAAGCCUGGAAUGAAAUAGCGGCAUGGUUUACAGAUAAGGUGGGACAGGGGCGAGCAGGGGAAUCGACCAGAGGAAUUCUCCGUAUAGCGCGACGCGGCGAUCUGUAAUGCCUGUGCACGGCGCGGGAGGGGAAGGCGGCCGGGGGUUUUCAGGGAGGGGCAGUAUCGACCCCUCGCCUGUCCCGGUGGCGGAGGGGAUGUGCGAGGGGUGGUAGGGCUGGUACUGCAAGGGGCAAGGGGCGGCGGCUGGCCUGCGCUCGCUGGUCCGCUCUCCACUCCACUCCAGCGGCGACCGCCCGACCGAACAGAACCAGCAGCACCAGCAGCAGAGAUGACGCCUUCCGUGCUGGCCGGCGUCGCGACGCUCCUUCUCGCCGCUAGCAUCGCCGACUGCAGGGCCGUGGGCAUCAACAACACGUGGUUCCUGCCGCAGGAGGGCUUCCCCGUGUUCUACCGCUACUUCCGCGACCUGAUCACGUGGUACGAGGCCGACGCCGUGUGCCAGUUCCACCACGCCAACCUCGUCACAGUGGACAGCAGCGAGCAGUUCGACACGAGCCGCGCCUUCCUCAAGGAGCUGGACGUGACGAGCAACGUGUGGAUCGGCCUCAAGAGGGGCAAGAAGGAGGAGAACUUCUCGUGGACGAGCAUGAGUCCCCUGGAGCUGCGGGCGGACGGCGGCUACUUCCUGGAGGCUCCCCCCGCCUCAGACACCCCCCUGUGCGUGGCCUCCGACCCGGGCCGCGACUACCGCUGGCGCUCCUUCGGCUGCGGCGGGCCCCAGGUGGCCACCUUCAUCUGCGAGCUGCCAGUGCCCCGCUGGGCCAGCAGCCCCGACGGCUGCCUGCUGACCUCGCUGCCCUCGCUGACCGUGACCUUCCUGCCCGAGCAGGCGGCGGUCGAGCUGACCUCUGACUGCGGGCUGGACGGCACCCGCCGCAUCGCCUGCAAGGGGCCGGCGGACAGGGACGAGAUGAUGAAGCAGCUGUCGUGCGCCUCCGAGGACGCGGCGGCGGACGUGACGUGGACUACUGACGCCCCCGCGGAGGCGGCGGCGGCGGCUCACAGCUCCGCCCCCGCGCAGCCCUGGACGGCCGACGAGCCGCCCACCAGGCAGCGUCGCGACGCCAGCCACAGCGCCGGUCCGCGGGACGCACCCACCGCCGCCUACGACAGCAGCAGCAGCAGCAGCCAGGCCGUGGAUCUGCCUCCGUCGCCGUCCACGUCGACUCCCGGGCCGGCGAAGAGCACGGAGGGCGGUGACCAGAACGUGACGUCGACUGCCGCCCCCAGCAGCGAGCUGACGUCGCCGGAGACGGCGGCCGACGACCUCGCCGCCGCCACGACCCCUCCCGCCGCCCCCAGGAACUCCUCGGAGGCGGACCGGCAGACGACGGCCCCGCCCCGCCCCCGGCCGGUCGCAGCCGUGGAGGCGGGCAAGCGCGCUGAUGAGGAGGAGGACCACGCGUGGACGGAGCUGCCCUCCGGGGACACCGCGGAGGACCUGGGGGCGGAGCCUGAGGCCCCGGCGCGACCCAACAGGGGCAGGAGGCUCACCCGCCCGCAGGGCAGGUCCUUCUACCCGUACUUCCUCAACAGGGUCCUCGGCUGAGGGGGGAAGCCCCCAGCUCCGCACAAAGCCUCGCCGGGGGAUGGGACGGACCGCCGGCCGCACUUCGCAAGCCUCUCCCUUCCCUCAACCCCCACCCCCACCCCCCCAUUCCAGAGACGUCUCCGCGACACUUCGCUGAAACGUGUCUGGAACUGUUAGGUUAGGCGUCGCACCGCGUGUCGGGGAAAUCCCGCCCUCACACGCCUUCGGGCAGCCUGCGGUCCACGGGGGUGAGCGCCACAACCGCAAACCCGAACAGUUCCCGAGUUCAUCCAAGAGGUUGGAGCUGUACCCGAAUACCAGCUUAACGGUUCCCUUAAGCCAGGGAACGCGGUCAUCUUCGCAUCUUUCCAUCUUUCCCUCAUCUACGCAUUUCUGUCAUGUAUCGAUGUUUUCCAUCAUGCAUAUUAUGACUUUCCGUCUCGUGAAUUGAUAUAUAGUUAACUGUCGAAUUGCUUUAAAAAAAAACACGCAGACUUAAUAAAUUAUCAUCCAUACACCAGUUCAGGAAUUGUUUUACUUAAGGCAAUUAACUGUUAAUAUGUUCUGUGUUCCUUGCAAGGUAUGCCUGUGCGUCCACUACAUCAAGAUUUCUAGGGAUGCGGCUGCACUCUUUAUUUUGUUUGAAUAUAAUAUAGCUUCAGAUUUUUGGCUUAAAAUUAUUUUUAAAACGUUAUAAGCGUAAGUGAUAUCUCAAAUAGAUACAAAUAAAUACAUUUUAAUAAUCACUGAAAGGAGAACUUAAACACUUAUAGCGGCAUUUAAUGCUCAUUAAAAGUAUUUUUUAAUAUUUUGAGAUUUAUAAGAAAAUUUUUAUUUAUAACAUCCACGUUGCAUUUAAUUUUUUUUUAAUUGGUCGAUGUUAUUUCAUUUUGCUGAAUAUUCGUGGAUAUUAUGACUCCAAAAGGUUCCUUGUACCUUAGAAAUGAGUACUUUACGUUGUGGCUGCAUUUGCUAAAUGAUGUGUGUGCUGUGGACGCAUCCCUAAAAGCCUAGGUUAUGUUGGGUUCGGUCAGUGUAAUAAAUAUAUAUUUUUUUUAUUUUUUCCUGGGAGGGUUGGUUAUGUUACAUUAAAGUUGUUUAAAAUGCUCUUAUGACCGUAAAAUAUAUGAACCUUUGCAAUGUGGUGUUUUCUUGACGAGCAAUCUGCAAACUUUUGAGAACUUCGGAACUGUGAGGGUAUGGCUCUUGUCUCUGUGAACUGUAGGCUUCCCCACGCCUUUACCCCCUCCUCUCCGCCCAACGAACCAGAACCAGCGGUUGUCAGACAACGACUAAAGCCUUUAUCACACGAUGAGAAGUUUCACGCAGGCUCCGCUAGAACUUUCCAGCAGAACCGGUAGCCAAACCUCAUUGGCAGCAGGUACGGAUGUUCGCACGGAAGAAACUUAUCACACGUAGAACUGCGACUGGUGUAGGCCUGGCAUGCGUGAAUGGUUUUGUUAGCAUAGUUGAUACUUUUUUUUUUGGUAUUGCAUAAACGUGGAUGUUUCUCAAAACUGUCGCAUAUUGCUCUCACUGCUUCACCAGAUCUCAUUUUCAUCACAAUUUGAAAUCAGUAAUCAAGAAAACUUCAAUCCCUAUAAAAAAAAUUAAUUACCGGUUAUGAUGCUAGGGACAUUAUAUUGGGUAAAAUUCCCACCUUCUUGGAAACGUUCCACAGAAAUUCUAGCACAACCUGUUAACCGAAUCUUCCAUGGAAACGGCGAGCGCUCUGCCAGUUCUUCCGCAGAACCAUCCUUACCUGCUGCCGCGGAAGACCUUCCUAGCAGGGGCGCAACAACAGGGGGGGGGGAAGGGUAUUUUGCCCCCCUCUGAAACCUUGAAGGGGGGGAAAACGGGGGCAAAGAAAGUGCUGUGUAAUUAAUUUUUAGAUAAUAAAACUGCUGAAAUAGCACCAUUUUCCACCUUGAAAUACAAAUUUUCCCGGGGGAGGACCCCCCGCUUCAAUAGGGGGGAUCAAUGAUUCUUUAUAAAAAGGUAUAUUGCCCCCCCCCCCCCCCACCCCCCCUUUGGAAAUUUAGUUGUUGUGCCCCUGCUUCCUAGGGAACGUCCUUUGUGUGACGAGGGCUUCGGACAGUAACCUCUUCCCUUCCCCCCCACCCCUCACCCUGCGUGGCUUGCACUCGGCGGGGUCGUCCCCCGCGGAAGAGCUCUCUCGUACUCUCGUACUCUCGUACUCUCGACACUUGCACCGUCCUGCCGCCCGUCCUGCACCGAGCACUCUCGCAAUCAGCCGUGCACGCUCGCGCACGCACCACGCACGCACACACACUCUCGUCACCGGCCGCUCCUGCUGUCUGCUUGAGGGGGGGCCGUCAUUCCCGGUGAACCCUCUCGUCCGGCCGUGUCACUCGUCUCACCACAUUUUACAAGUUUAACCCUUUCAGUCACACUGUGUCAGAGACCCGUGAAUUUCGCGGGUUCAAUGACCUCCAGGAUAGACUCCAAUAUCCUCUACGCACUCGGGCAAAUGCCAACUGUUGACUUGUGAGUCGUCUGGACCGGGUGGCCUGUGAUUCGACACUUCUAUGAGUGAGGGUCUCUAAUUGGCGCCCAGUCCUCCAGAUUAACAGAGAACCAAUGGCAGAAGCAGCACUAAGGUAUAAUUAUUUGCAUGUUAGCAUAACACGAAAUGUACCCGCGAAAUUGAUGGGUCUCUACCUAUGAUAUACCUCAUUUAAAUUUUUUUCUUAUUAUAAUUAAACUUUUUAUUUUUUGGUAACAAUAUUAUACUAUAAUUAUUAUAUUAAUGUAUAAUUAUUUUAUAAUAGUUAAUGAAAGUUGUAAAAAUGUGUUUACUUCAUAGCCUUAAAGUACCGUACAAUGUGCACUAGAAUGUGGGUACAACUUAACCCACAAAUUCAAAGUCCCAUAAACUCCGUGUAUCAUCGAGGACACAAAUUGUCCACUUCAGUGGACGAAUGGACUGAAAGGGUUGACCAGCCUCUCUCUGGUUUCUGCAGUUACUCAUGGCAAUCCAAUCAUAAUCAACGAAUUUUUUUUUUUUUUGUUUGUAAUUUCCAGUACUGUGUUAUACAGCAGUGGAAUUUUUUACGUAAUAUUUUCUAGCCAUUUACUGUGUGGUAGUCAGAUGUAUUCAGGCCAAAAAAAAAUUACCUUGACACAAUUUAACAUCAGAAACUUGAAUAUAUAUGUGACAGUUCUUUAGAAACUUUUGUUUUGGAGGCUGAAAACUUUAAAAUUAUGUACUGACUACUCAUACAUUCUUUUAAGAUCAAUUAGCUUACAUAAAAAUUCUAUGAAUGAUGGCCCCCAUUUUCAAGAACUAGUAGAAAGCCAAGUUGUUUAGUUUAGUGAAGAAUGUUGUUGUUUUAUAUUCUGACCUAGGUAAACUUACCUUGGCAUGAUGAACAUUUAACUUUAUUUCAGAACUGUAAUCAUGAGAAUUGUUGUUUGAUAUGUGAAAACUACUUAUGGAAAUGACUUAUAAGUCAUAUUACUGAAUCAUGCAUUUGGUAACUGCACAAUACUAUGCUAUAGACGAAUUUAUCUGAAAGUGUACACUGAUGUUUUAUCUUUUUAGUUACAUGAAACAGAUCUCUUGUAUCUUCACGUUAAUGCCUGUGCAAUGUAAAAAAAAAAGAAUGCUUCGAGAUAUUUUUGGAAUAUUUACUGCUACUGUACUUAACUAAGCCUGAAUUGAAAUUAAUAUACAUUUGAGGUUUUUUAAAAAUAUCAUACUUGUUCACGAAUAAACCUACCCCAUGAGUAAAUCAAUCCAAGAAUCUUAACCCAUUUUUGUUCAAAUAUCGUUGUCUGGUAAGUUGAGCUAUAUAGAAUUAUGUUAGCACAGAACUAAAUUUAAUAUAUAACAUUUUGAAACUGAUAAUCAUGAAAUAUUCCUGUUAUUAAACAGUAAAUUUUUCAGAUCUCAAAUCUGAAAAGCUAAAUUGAAAAAAUAUAUAUACCAUUCCCUCUGCAUUUGAUUCUUCAGUUACUUCUUAAAUACGUGUUUAUAUUUUAAUUGGAAAUGAAUAGCAUGUCACUAGCCACCAUUUACAUAGCUCUGUCAUUAAGUACUGUCAUAGUGAACUAGUUGGUUAGCUAAUACAAAACUGUACGCAAUGCAUAGUUAUGGGUUUACCUAGAUUACCUACAUGGUUAUUUAGAAAUACAUUAUAAGCGUAAUUUAUAAAUGAAUAUUUCUUGGUGUUAGGAUAGCUAACUGCAAAAUAAGUUUGAUGAUUCAUACUGUACAUCAAACACUGAACACAAUCAAAAUAUGAAUGUAGUUUUUCGGUGAGACAUUAUUAGACAUCGAGAAAAUACAGGUCUUGUAACAAUGUUUGUUUUUUUGUAAUUUUUUGCAUGCUGCUUUUACCCUACAGUGCCCUCGCAAGUAGAAAUUUUGAUACACAGGCCACUCACGAAAUAAGAACAAAAAUUGGAAUACAGUAUUGAAUACUAAUAAUCUAAUGGUUGUUGAUUAAGGUAAUCAUUUAAAACAAUUCCUACCUUAAUUAUAAACCACCUUUACCUACAUAAUUCAAGCUUCAAGAAUUAUUUAUUUUCUCAACUUUUCAGCUACGGUACUAAAAAAAUUUCAACUUAAGGAAAAUAAAUGAUAUUUGUAGGUUAAAACUGCUUCCCGAAAUAAAACGUUUUCCGAAAUGAACUAUCAUUUUUUUGAAAUGUGUGUCCCUCUGAAGGAUUACUGGUCUCUGAUAACUAUGCAAUCUGAAGUGAUGGUUGAUUAAAUGACAUUUCACAAAAUUCACAGACUGCUUGGGACUCACUGUAGACUUAAGUACAGUGCUACCCAUAUAAAAAUUUGUAUGUUUAAAACAUAAUACCUAAAAUGUACCUAUUCUUAGAUUUUUCAAAGCUAGAUAAUCAGGUAAUGACCUACGUACUUAUUGGUUAUUCAGUAAGUUACAUUUUGGACAUUCCUAAAAAAAACUACGCGAUCAUUUUAUUCACAUAUUAGUAGAUAAUAACAUUAUAAACCUCAUAAGUAACAAAAAUUAAAUUUCAAACAAGAUAGUUUAAAUUCACUUUAAAAUGAAUAUUUAUGUUAAUUAUUAGCUAUAACUGCUAGAGAAUCUGGUGAUAAUUUAAAAGCUUAGGUUUUAAAUCUUUGAGCUGAAUUUUUAUUUCCAGCUGUCAAGUUGCAAAUUGUUCAUUAAUAUUCACGUUCAAACACCAAAACUGUUUGACCAUUACAAGUGCUUUCAGCUAAAUGCUGGCUCCAAUGCACUCAACUGUACAGCAUGGCUGACUUUCAAAAUGAGAGCACAUGAAAUUAUUAUCCAACAACUUACGUAGUGGCCUAUUUACGAAACAGAUGCUAUCAGCUUGUAAUACUGUAUUCAAAAACGAAAGUUCUUUGAUGUGGCAUAUUACAAUAGAGCACCAUCCAUAUGACUAUGUAACAUGUGUCUUACGAAUAUUAACAUGAAAGUAUUGAUAACUUGUAGCCUCAUUUGUCGAUUUACAAUUGUUUAAUUGUAUCUAGGUGUUUUCCUAGAAGGUCUUUGUUCUAUAUUCAAAAUGUUUAAAUAAAAUGACAUUAGUUCAUUGUUUGUUGGGUAUCAUGAUAAGAAUAGAUGUACUGAACCAGAUUUAUGUUAAGUGUGUGUUGAUGUAACUUGCUAAUUUUAAACAAUUGGUGAAAUGUUCAUGUAUUUGAAUAGAAUUUUUGAACUAAUAAAGUAUGGAGGAAAA